AUGUGGAAUGUUUUUAAUUUCAAUAAUAUUGAUGAUAAAUUAAAAAAUUUUAAAAAUGAAAAAGAAAUAUAUACUCACGAAGAUUUAAGAUAUUACUUUGAGAAGUUGGUGAAAAUAAAUUUGAACAAUGUUAAUGUAAAUAACUUCAUAGAAUUAAUAAGAAAAAUUACUCAAAUAACAAUAUGGGGAGACAAAUAUGAUGAUCAAAUUUUUCAAUACUUUUGUGAGGACAACAUCUUUAACCACUUCAUUUAUUUACUGAAGCAGAAAAUAAAUAAAAAUAUCAGGAUACAAAUAUAUCAGUCACUUACUAUGUUAAUACAGAACAUACAAAAGGACAUAUCUUUAUAUUAUAUAUUCAGCAACAACAAAAUAAACAAUUUAAUUUAUACUACUUUUAUUUAUCAAGAUGAUGAAAUUAUGCCAUAUUAUAUUUCAAUGAUUAAAUCAAUUUCUUUUUUUUUGAAUUAUCAUACCUCCAAGUUCUUUUUUAACGAAAAGAGUAUGAAGUUUCCGUUAUAUACAGAAUCAUUGAGGCUAUACAAAUUUAAUGAUAUAAUAACUAGGACAUACGUUAAAAACAUCAUUCUUAAUAUACUUAAAAUUGAUGAUGAAGGUAUAGAAAAUUUAAUUUUGUUAAGGUCAUCCUUUUUUACAAUCCUAGUAUGUUAUUUAAGAAAUAAUUUAAUAAAGAUGAAUAAAAUAUAUACCAAAACCAAAGAAUCCAAAAAGUUAAAUAAACAUUUCAAUAAUUAUCUAGAAGAAAUUGAUGAUGUUUUAUAUUUUUUUGAAGAUAUGCUUAAUUGCGAAAAAAAAAGAAUCAAUGAUAUGUUAAUAGUAAAACUUAUAAUUUAUUUUUAUUUUCCAAUAAUUGGUUCUUUUCAUAACUCCAUAUAUUUUCAUGGAGUACAUCCUGAAAGUGAUAGUAAUAUGUGUAAUCAUUCAGAGAAACGAGAAGAACAAAAUAUAUUCAAGAAGGAUAUUAAUAGUAAUGAUAUAAACGAGGAGCAACUUAAUUAUGGUAGUCUUGAUUAUGUCUAUUUUUCUAGCAAUGGUAAAGAUGGUACCUCAAAACAAGUUCAUAUGAAUCAUGCAAAAAAAAAUGACACAAAUGAAGAGGAUAAAAAUAAUUUGGAAGAAAAAAAAAAAAAUUUGGAUGAUAAAAAUAAUUUGGAAGAAAAAAAUAAUUUGGAAGAAAAAAAUAAUUUGGAAGAUAAAAAAAAUUUGGAAGAUAAAAAAAAUUUGGAUGAUAAAAAAAAUUUGGAUGAUAAAAAAAAUUUGGAAGAUAAAAAUAAUGUAACAGAUGAUAAAAAAGAUCAAAAACAGAAAAAUACGCAUAAGAAUGAAAAAGUUGCAACAGAUUCACAUAACGAAAAAAAAAAGAAAGAAGUUGUUUUUAAAUUAAACGAACAAAAUGAUAAUGAUAUGAUGGAUUAUCAAAAUAAUAAAAGUAUAAAAGAUGAUGAUAUUAAUAAUAAUAAUAAUAGUAAAGAUGAAAAAGAUAAAAAUGAUAUAAUUUAUACUAAUCCUGAAAUAUCUUUAGAAAACAUUGAACUAUUCAAUUCAUAUAAUAUUCCCUUUUUACGAUUAGUUGAUAAUAAUUUUAUAAAUUGUAAAAAUUAUGAUUUUUGUAAAAGCUUGUCCUCAUCAAAUGACUCUUCUAUGAAUUCUAACAUAAGCUACAUUGAAAGAGAGAAGGAUGAAUAUUUAUUUCUUAAUGAAGAAAAUAUAAACAAAACAGAAAGUUUAACAAAUGAAGAUAAUAAUAAUACAAAUAAAAAUGACGCGAACAAAAAGAAUGAAAGUAAUAAUAAUAAUAAAAAAAAAGAAAAAAAAAGUGAAAAUGCAUAUGAAUUUUUGUACUUUAAAGGAAGAUUAAAUGUUAGGAGACAAAAAGAUAAUGAUAAAAAUAAAACAGAAGCUAAUAAAAAAAAACAAGUGGAUAAUGAAACAAACAAUGUAAAAAAUAAUAAUGUGAUUGAUCAAUAUAAUAGUGAUUCUAAUUUUAUAAAAGAAAAUGAUUUAAAAGAUUAUUAUUUUAAAAAAAGAGAAAAAAAAAAUAUAUUCAUUCAAUUAAAUUCACGAAAUGGAAUAUUACAUAAAAAAAAAAAUAAAAAUAAUAACACACAUUUGAACAAUAAUUCUGUUAAUAAUAAUGAAGAAUUCUGUGAUAUAAAUAAUUUUAUAAAUAAUAAAGAAUUUAUAAAAGAUAUUAAACAAAAUAAUUUAUAUGAUUCAUGUUAUGUAGAAAUACCAACGCUCCAAAAAAAAAUUACUUUUGAUGAAAAUAUUAAUAAUGAUAUAUAUAAUUAUUUAUUUAAUUUCAAUUGUUUUACAUUAAAUGCAUUAAAUUUUUAUAACCAUAAUAUUAGUAUUACAAAUGUUUUCUACAAUAUUUUUAAAGUGGGCUUAUGUUUCCAUCCAUUGUGUUAUGUAAACUCCUUUAAAAAUUUCUCUUUAUUAUAUAAUUAUCUUAUAAAUACCAACCUUUCUUUAUUUGUACUUAUCAGAUCAUUGAAUAUACUUAAAAAUGAUAAAAUUAAUAAAAUCGUAUAUUCACUAAUUUUUGGGGAACAAAUUAAUGAAUAUUUUUUACAUAAAAUUUUAUCAGUUGAAUUAAAGGAUCCUUAUUUUUAUGCAUAUUUUUUUGAUGCACAUAAAAAAAUGAAUAUCAAUAAAAAUGCAAAUGAUGAUAUGGAAUUUGAAGAUAUUUACACAUCUUCUAUAGAUUACUUAUUGCCUGAAUAUAACAAGGAAGAAGAAGCUUCCUGUUUAAAUCUAAUUAAUAAAUAUUAUAAUAAUAUGGUUACAAAAAUGCCACCCUGUUCUAUCGAAAAUCAUAAAGGAGAACACGAAGAAAAAAAGGAAACCAAAAAAAUUGUUGGUGAGGAAAAAAAGGAAAUUGAAGAAAAUAAAGAAAAGGAGAAUAAAAAGACAGAUGAUGAAAAUAAGGAGAAUAAGGAGGAAGUUGUUGUGGAUAAAGAAAUUAAGAAGGAAUCUGAUGAAGAUAAGGGUAUUAUGAAGACAGAUGAUGAAGAUAAGGAGAUUAAGAAGGAAGCUGAUGAAGAUAAGGAGAAUAAGAAGGAAGCUGAUGAAGAUAAGGAGAUUAAGAAGACAGAUGAUGAAGAUAAGGAGAAUAAGAAGACAGAUGAUGAAGAUAAGAAGAAUAAGAAGGAAACUGAUGAAGAUAAGGAGAUUAAGAAGGAAGCUGAUGAAGAUAAGGAGAAUAAGAAUGAAGUUGAUGUAGAUAGGGAGGUUAAGAAGACAGAUGAUAAAGAUAAAGAUAAGGAGAAUAAGAAUGAAGUUGAUGUAGAUAGGGAGGUUAAGAAGACAGAUGAUAAAGAUAAGGAGAAUAAGAAUGAAGUUGAUGUAGAUAAGGAUAAUAAGAAGACAGAUGAUGAAAAUAAGGUGAUUAAGGAGUCAAAUGAUGAAGAUAAUGAGAAUAAGAAUAAAGUUGAUGGGGAUAAGGAUAUUAACAAGACUGAUGAUGAAAAUAAGGUGAUUAAGAAGACAAAUGAUGAAGAUAAUGAGAAUAAGAAUAAAGUUGAUGUAGAUAAAGAGAUUAACAAUACUGAUGAUAAAGAUAAGCAGAAUAAUAGUACCUGUCAGGAACAAAAAGAAAAAGAACUAAUCGUUAAAAAUGGAAAGAAAGAUGAAACAAACGUCCAUAAAGAAAAGGAACAGGAAGAAUGCAAAGAUAAGGACGUUCAAGAAGAGGGAAAUAAAGAAAAGGAGUUGAAGGAUCAAGAAAAUAAAGAACAUAUUAACCAAAAGGAUAAUAAAAAAAAGGAUAUAUUGGAUCAAAAUUCUAAAGAGAAAGAUAUAAAUGAAGAAGCAACUGUGUUAGAAGAAGAAAAAAAACAGACUCAGAUAAAUUCUAUGAAAGAAAGUGAAAAUAUUGGUGAAAUAGAAAAAAAUUUAACAAGUAAUAGCAUAAUGAGAUAUAACGAAUUAAGUAACCCAAUAUUACUUAAUUUUAUGUUACUUACUAAUAUACAAAAAGAGAAGAAUAUUAAAAAAUGUGAAAAAGAUAAUAUUAAAAAUAAAAUAUCAGAUAUAUAUUUAUUGUUAAGUAUCCAGUUUAUUUAUAAUUAUUUAAAUACAUCAGAUGACGAUUUGAAUAAUAUGAAUAUUUCUUUUUUUAAAGUGUCUAAUUAUAAUUUUUUAUAUAUUUAUUGGAACAUUAUAAAUGUCCAUAUAAAUAAUUUAUACUUACGAAUUCUUACAUUGAAAUUGUUAGUUAAUUUGACAUUAUUGUAUGUUCAGAAAAUAAAGGAUAAAAAUGUGUGUGCCGAAUUUGUAACACCAUUAUUAUCGUUAAUGGAAAAGAUUAAGAAAAAAUUGGCAAAUAAAAUUAAAAGCAUUAUAUGCAAAAUGGAAUAUAAAGUGUGUCAAAUAUUUUGGGAGGAAUCUAAAAUAUAUGAAAAUUGUUGUCAAGAAAAAAUAAAUAUAUGUGGAGACUCCAUAUUAAUGAAUAUCGUUAAUGAAGCAGAAGAAUUUGAGGAUUAUCACUUUCUCUCGUAUCCCGUGUCUCAAAUAGAAAUAUACAGAAGAAAUGUUCAUGCCUUAUUUGUUUUAAACGGUUUCUCUAGCCAACUUCAGGAUAUAAUAUCAAACACAAAAAUUGACCCAAUGAAGUCAGUGCCCUUUGAUUUUAGUUACAAAGACGCAACAGCCUUAAUAGACAUAAAAAAUAAAAAUACAAUUAAAUGCUUCUUAAAAAAUAAUAACAAAAUUUUUAAUUGUUAUUAUAUAGAAGAUAAAACCAAUUUUUUAUUAUGCAUUCCAUCUAAUAGUCACGUAAAUGAAGCUCUAAUUAUUUUUAGCUAUCCGUUAAUGUUAAUCGAUUUAUAUAUAGACAAAAAUGAUAAUAAAAAGUUGAUAGUUCAUGCUUACAGUUAUAACAAUGAAGAGAAUAAUGUUGAUGAGUCAGUUAUCACAACCUUUAAUAAUUCUGAAAAAAUAUUUAAUAACAAUAAUACAUAUGACAGUAAUUAUGUUAAUAUAGUAAGAUGUUAUAGUUCAAAUAAUGAUGAUAACAUAUCUGACGAAAAUGUUAAAAUUCAUAAAAAUGAUUAUAUCCUAAAUAAAUAUAGUUCAGCAUAUAAGAAGAAUAAAACUAUAACAAAUGUAAAAAAAGAGUGGUGCAUUAAGGAACUCAAUUUUAUGAAGAACAUUUUGAAGCUCAAUUUUUAUGAUACAACAAGAUCUCUUAUUGUAUACAAAGAAAUAAAAUCAGGUAUACAAAGUGUGAACGACAAAUACAAAAAGAAGCUGGAAGAAUAUCUGGAUACGUUUAAUUAA